AUGGUGCAAACAAGUCCCACCCCGUUUGAUGUGGGCCGUGCAUUCGUCCAUCAGUAUUAUACACUAUUACAUCAAGCACCUCAUAUGCUUCAUCGAUUUUAUUCUACGGAUAGUACAUUCAUACAUGGUGGUGUUGAUCGACCAGGUUGUGUUGAACAACCAGCUGUCGGACCGGAAAAUAUUUCCCAACGAAUUAAUGAUCUUAAUUUACGUGAUUGUCAUGCUAAAAUUCGUCAGGUCGAUUCACAUCCAACUAUUGGUGAUGGAGUUGUCGUUCAGGUUACCGGUGAAUUAUCAAAUAAUGGUGAUCCAAUGCGUCGUUUUAUGCAAACUUUCGUAUUAGCACCACGACAACCAAAAAAGUACUACGUACAAAAUGAUAUUUUUCGUUAUCAAGAUGAAGUUUUUGAUGAUGGAUCAGAUGAAGUAGAUGAGGAUGACCGGUCAAGUUCACAUAUUUAUGGUGAUACUAUUUCAAAUGCAGACAAGGUUUCAAAUGCUGAUUCAUCAGCAGCAGUAGCAGCAACUUCACAGCAACCAUUACUUGUAACAGCUACUGUACGACCAUCAAUGGAAGAACAACAACAACAACAGCAACCAUUACCACCUCGUAGUAGUGUUCCAACACCUGCAGGUAAUCAACAACCAAUUAUUCCCAUUCAAACUGUUCGCCAACAAGAACAUCAACAUACAGGCUCAACUAAUUUGAAUGGUUUUUCAAAUGCUAAUGUUAGUGAACCUACUAGUUAUAGUGGACUCGGUCAUACACAUCUUCAACAACAAGAAACAGUUCAAUCACAUCGACAAUCUAGUCCAAGGCCAUUAAAUCAUCAAAUUUCACAAGAAAAUCAACAACAAACAAAUGGUGGUAAUAUGCCAAAUCAACAACCGGUUAAACAAACUACAACAACACAACAACAACAACCAACAACAGAAGGACAAAGACCAGAAGGAACAUCCUAUGCUGGUAUUGCUAAAUUACAUUCAUCUACGGUUUCAACACCAAAUAUAACAUCAACUUCAACAACUGUUCCACGUAGUGGUUCAGUUCCAAAUGCAGUACCACCAUUAAAUUCUCAACAAUCAAAUACUGUUCGACCAUCAGUAAAAGCACCAUCAACAACAACAACAACUAAUCGACCAAGUAGCAGUUCUCAAUCGGGUCAACAACGUGGUGGUAACAAUUAUUAUCAACAAAAUAAUCGUGGUAAUUAUUGGAAUGAUAAUAUUCCAAAAGAUCAAAGUCCUGCUCAUCGUUCAGGUACGAAUGUAGCAACAGCACCAAAUGAACAACAAGUUUUUGUUGGUUCAUUACCAUUGAAUUUCACAAAAGAGACAUUAGUUGAAUGUUUUUCAAAAUUUGGUAAAGUUCUCGAUGCAAAAAUUCAUACACCUGCACAUGACAAUAAGAAGAAUUUUGGUUUUGUUGUUUUUGAAAAUCCAGAAGUUGCAACAUCUAUUGUCAAAAUGGAACAUGUUAUGUAUGAUGAUACAAUACGUUUGAAUGUUGAACCAAAAACUCAACGAAAUUAUCCAUCAAAUAAUAAUACUAGUGGUAAUUUUAAUAAUGGACCACAAGGUGGUGGUGGUGGUGGUCGUAAUAGUAAUUAUCAAGGACGAGGUAGUGGUCGUGGUGGAAAUCGAGCACCAUAUCGUGGUGGUGGUGGUGGUGGUAAUAAUCAAAGACGUGGCGGUGGUCAAUUUAAUAAUAAUUCACCAUCAUUUAGUGGAGGAGAUGAGAAUAACAACGAAUAUCGAUCUAGCAAACCUCAGCAACCAGUACAACAGCAGUAA